GGACCGCCGGGCAGUGGGGCCGGUGCGGCGCCAAGAGGAGCGGGGUUUGGGCAGCGGCCGGGACACGCGUGGCCGCGGGCCAUGGACGGGCGGGCGGUGCUGAUCCACGCGCUGCUGGCGGCAGUGUGCUCGGUGGCAGCGAGCGGUCUGGGUCGGGACGAGCGGCACAACGAGGUGCUGCGGAGGGGCGGCGGGGCGCCGGUCCUAGCCACGGCUCCGCUGCUCGGACGCAGCCUGGAGAAGGAAGGUGGCGGAGCGGCCUCAGGGGACGAUCUCAGCGAGUUGCCGAGAGUCGCUUUCCUGUCGAAGCCUCAAGGCCUGGUUACUCCCAAGAAGAAAGGGAACGGGAAUAAAAGAAGAAAAGGCAAAGGGCUGGGGAAGAAGAGGGACCCGUGCCUGCGGAAGUACAAAGAUUUCUGCAUUCACGGGGAAUGCAAAUACAUCCGCGAGCUGGGAGCGCCCUCCUGCAUAUGCCAGCCAGGAUAUCAUGGAGAGAGAUGCCAUGGCCUGUUGCUGCCCGUGGAGCACCCCCCCAGCGCCUACGACCACACCACGGCGCUGGCCGUGGUUGCUGUCGUGCUCUCCUCCCUGUGUCUUGUCAUCAUCGCAGCCCUGCUGAUGCUCAAGUGUCACAAGAGGGGUGUCUACGAUGUCGAAAACGAAGAGAAAAUCAAGCUGGGCAUCACUGUGAACCACUGAGGAUGCCAGGUGCUGGCGAGGGGCCGGCACUGAUGCACUUCUACCUCCGUGAAGAGGUGAGAGCCGUGGAGCCAGCGCUGUCCCGCAGGCAGCUCGGUGGCCGUCUCUGGGCUGAAGCCGGCCUGGGACAGGCGCUGGCCAGCCAGGUGGCUGCACUCCAGAGAUUCUCU